GGCACGCCUCGGACCCGCCCCUGGCGACCUGCCGGCUCGGCUCGGCUCGGCCCAGCGCACUCGCUGGGCUCCUGGAUGGGCGGCUAAUAUCCUACACAGAAAGGGAGACUAAAUAACAUGCACAUGCUGAUUACUGGAGGAGAGGCUGAAGGACAUCCUGUUUUGAUUUAGCAGUUUUAUUAUUCUUUGGGGUGAAAUGAAGAAUAUGAUUCUGUUUUGGAAAUAUUCAGAUUUCUAAUACAACUGAACCUCAGUAGCCUUUUUUGCUGUACAGAUUUCAACAAAUGAAUUGUUCUUAAAGAUGCAGAACCUGUCACUAGUAGAAAGUCUUACUAAUAUAGACACAUCACACCAGAUGUCUCUAAAAGACCUAGCCGUUGAAGUUGGUGGUAUGUCUCUCAAUGAAAGUGAGUGUAACUUGAAUGAAACAACAAAUAACGAAGAAAUUAUUAAUCUUGAACUAAUGCAGCAAAGCAUCCCUGUAGUGAAUAGCAAAGGGGGAAGUUGUGAGGAGUUUUCUGAGAGCAGCUAUAGUACCUCAGAACCCAGCAGUUCCUGGGGUGAUUUUGAAGGCUUCAGGGAGCCCUUAGACAAAUCAGAGAGAUUUGGUCAUAAUCUUGAAGUUUUGGUGAAGUCAACAAAAACUUCUAGAGGUGAUACGGACUUAAACAGUGGACAUUGCAGUGCUUCUGCUGGUCACUUCUCUUGUGAGCCAUCUCUACACAGUGGGAUACGGGAGGCUUCUAGCUCUCUAAAUGAGGCAAACCACAGCUAUGAGGAUAUAUUUAAGUUGGGCUUUCCAGAAGUCUUUGUAUCACAGUCCAGAGAGAGCAUAAGAAGCUUAGAUCAAGUACUUGAUACAGAUAAUGAAGAUGUUGCAAUUCCUGAAUUUAUGAAGAAUGAACUUUGCAUUGAUUCUGGAAACAUAUGGAGAACACUUAGAGACUUUGAUAAUGCCCCCAGUUUAAGACAUCCCUGGAGUAAAUCUCAUUGCCAAGAAAACCUCAUGAGUGUUCUUGGAAUAGAUGCAAAUCAAAAGGACUUUUUGGAGAGCCAGGAUGACAUUUUUGAGGAAUCAAAUGUUAAAGAUAACGAGGACUUCAGACUUGACGGAUUCAGUAUUAAUGACUGCAAAGCUCUGAUCCAGACCAAGCUUUCUGUAUCGCCGGAUUCCAGACAUGGUCAUCUUUUCACCUGUAACCUCUUUUUAAAAACCACAUCGUCAAAUGGACACAUGCAAUACAUAACAAUCCCAAGGAAGAAGCACAUUUUCACUACGCACAACCUGAAAAUGAAAUUUUUCAGUAGUGAUGUUUGUUGAACCAAAUGCAUUUUUUGAUCUUUUUCUGUUUUUGAACUGAAUGCAGUUGACCUUCAUUUUGUUACUGGGUUGGUACUAUAGACUACAUACGUUCUUUAGGAAAGUGACAUAUUGCUAUAUAUGAAGUACCUAAGGCCAUGUUAUUGGAAGAUAUCUAGUCUAUUUAGUUGUGAAGUCAAAGGUGUAAAGUCAUGCAGAGUCAUGUCUCUUACGGUAAACCCAGCUGCAGUCACACUGUAAAGAUACUCUGUUAGACUAUCAACUACGGACCUUUCAGGCCUUAAUGCCUCUUCGAUCAAAAACCUUGUUUCCCUGCCAAAAUCUUAAACACACCUCCGGUGUGUUGUAAAAGCUGCCUUGUCACCACCUCUCCUCGUCUUUGGUCCAGUUUGGAUCAGCUGAGAUCUGUUACUUUGCUACUGCUGAACAGAAUGAGAGGAGCCUUCUACGUCUGGUGGCUUUCACUGGGCUUUAGGAAAAUAACAGUUUUAACUUCUGUCUGUGGUACUAUGGGCAGUCAGUGAAAGGUUUUGUUCUGGCAUUGGUUUCUAACUGAAAUAAAUCGCCUCGCUGAAGCUGACUGUAACAGGACUUCUUGGAUUCAUUCAUCCACCAAACACACUACGCGUAACCAUGCCUGUUAAAGCUUCGCAGC